ACAAAAAAUCUAUAAUAAAAAUGAUUAAUAAAAAUGUUUUAUUUACUUAUUCCUAAAAAUAUGUAUUUAUUUGUGUAUUUUAAUAAUAAAGUUUUACAGCUGAGAGUUCAGAGAGUAAAGAAAAUGUUCAGGUGCAAAUUUAAUUGACAGUUUAUUAUUGCCCUUUAAACUAAAUGUACAUCCCAAAUGUGUGUGUGUGUGUGUGUGUGUGUGUGUGUGUGUGUGUGAUGGAAAUAUUUAUAGAAACUGGAAUCCCCUGGCUCAGCCAAAUCCGGAGGCUUUUUCACACACACACACACACACACACACACACACACUCACACACCCUAAACCCGGUGUGUUGCCUAGCAACCAGUCAUGAGCCUCUGUGAUUGGUUUGUCUGUUUGAAUGCAGGUUGGUGUUAUUGUGUGAGUGGAGACUCGUGAUUAUUAGCAGUGAUUUUGAUGUGAGGAAAUAUUUCACCAUCACGAUACAUGACAUCACAGGGAGGAGAAGUGGGCGUGGCCUCAGUGCAGGACUCACAAACACACCACUUAAAAGAGAAAGCAGUGAUGUCACACUGAAAUUAAACAUGCAUCAUUAUUCUAUUCAUAUUUUAUAAUAUUUUGGUAAAUGUUAAUAGAAUUAAUUAUUGAUAAAUUGUUUAUUAUGCAUUAUUAAUAUAUAAUUCAUAUUGCAGUCAUUACACACUGUUAAUGCAGCAUGGAAGCAAUGAAUAUUACAAUUAUUACAGUAUUUAAUUAUUACAGAAUAGCAGUAUGUCACAUGACAUUUGUACAUUUUUAAACACGUUUAUUUUUUUAACUCCCUCAGUUAACAUCAGAACUGAGACUAUAAAAUAUCUUCAUCUUCAUCUUCAUCAUCAUCAUCAUGGCUGACAGACACAGAGGCCACGCCCCAUUCACUGAGGCCAAAGGAAAUUCCUCUUGACCCAGCUAGACAUGUUGAUCUCGUACCUGGACUCGGGCAUGUCCUUCUCAGAGCUGUGUGAGGAGGUGAGGGAGAUGUGCAGUGUCCAGAAGAACUUACCCAUCACACUCAAGUGGAUUGACGAUGAAGGUGACCCGUGUACCAUCUCGUCUCAGAUGGAGCUGGACGAGGCGUUUCGGAUCUACAGCAGGAUUAGACCGUCUGGACUCCUCCUGCACGUGUUUCCCAGUAUUCCGGAGAAGCCGGGCAUGCCGUGUCCUGGAGAGGACAAAUCGAUUUACCGCCGUGGAGCUCGACGAUGGAGGAAACUGUACCGAGUCAACGGCCAUCUGUUCCAGGCCAAGCGCUUUAACAGGAAAGCUUACUGUGGACAUUGCAGUGAAAGGAUAUGGGGUCUGGGGAGUCAAGGCUACAAGUGUAUAAACUGCCGCCUGCUGGUUCAUAAACGCUGUUAUAAACUCGUCCCUCUGACCUGUCAUAGGCAUAUGGAUCCAGUCAUGCCAUCCCAGGAGCCGCUGGUUGAUGAGGGAGGUGGAGAAGAGGAAGUGGAGCUUCCCCCAGAGGACACAGAGGACACGGAGGACACAGACAGAAGUAGGUCUCCUCUGUGUGUGUGCGUGUAGUCAGGUGAUUCUGACCCAGAUUAGAGAG